UUUGCUGCUUUCCCUCACAGCCCUGCAAUUUAACAAUGGGGGUCACUUCAUUUCUUUCCACAUAGUCAUUUACUACUAAGGAAAACAAGGACACAAUGGACACGGCUAACAAUGACCAGCUACAUUUGGAACAAAGGUCAAUAGGAGAGUAUCAAAUAUUGCAUGACGACUGGUUCCUGAUCCCAUGCCAAGCUCAAUGGCUAAAUCGGACCAAAGAGGCUUCAUCCGGGGCCUGGAGUGGAGGAGAGCAUUUGAAGAUGAUGCGAUUGGUGUUCCUUGGUCUGCUGCUGAUGCUGCCAGCUGCUACUGCUGUUUCAGAAGACACUGAUGGAUCUGCAGAUGGAGGUAUUGGGGAGAUCAUUGAUGAUGAGGAUUUAUUCGUCCAGGAAUCUAGAGAUCUGGAUGGCGAGAGUCCAGGUGAAGUUGCGGGUGUAAAAGAAGCAGCAGAUCAUUUGACCAUGAUUAUCAUUAUUGUUGCUGUGGCCGCAGUGAUUCUUUCAGCUGUUGUAAUAAUCACUGUAGUGCUGGUAAGGCGCCGCUUGCACAAUCGACAGCAAGGGAUCUACUUCGUGCCUGCAGAGCAGGACCAGAAAGAGGCCAUCUAGUUCCUGGUGGAGCAGCAUUUUCAAUAACAGGGGAGAGAGGAGCCAUGCACCGGGCUGAAUGUCAUCUCUUAUCCUUUCCCUCAGACAGUUAGACUUCUUUGCACAGCAGCCUGCAUCUCACCAUUCAGUUCAUUACUUGCUCUUAUCAAUACAUAUGCAAUGUUUUUUUUUACUAUUGUAUACUCUGGUCUUUGUCGCAUCCAUUUAUGCCCCACAUAUAGGCAAUUUAUCCAGGGCCAUUGGAACACAUUCAAACCUUCUAAUUGGAUUCUAUUUGAGGAAUCCAAAUCAAAGCCAGUGAAUAUGGCUUAAAGCUUCUUUUGUUAAAAGGGAUAAUUUAGCACAGCCAGAGCUCUCCCUUUUUCUUACCACCUGAAACAAGAAAUUAUUCCCACCAGCUAUGCAGUAAAACUACAUUUGCGUUUGAUUUGGGGCUUGUUGAAAAACCCCAAAGAACCGGUGAGAAAUGGUCAAUAAGUAAGGGAAGCCAUGCUAAGCCGGGCUGGACCUCAAGUCAUUUUUUCAUUCACUUCUCUGACGGCUUCUGUUCCUGGCCCAUUUGCAAUGAUGGAUGGCAGUGCAAAGGGACGAUAAAAGCUUCUCCACCACAGUGAAAAAGAGAAACAAUUGGAAAUAGCCAGUGUGAACAUUAUUGCAGGGCAGCUGAUUAAUUGGCUGCAAUGAAUGAGGUUUUCUCAUUUUUGAAAGGGGUUCGCUUUAGUCCCGCAGAUUAUAAAUACAGGUGUCAGAAGUUUUAUACUGGUAGAAAGAAGCCGGGUGUGAGUGAGGGAUACAAUCUCACAAAUCAAAUAAAGAUGGAGAUGAUUGGGAAAAUUACGAACAAUGCCACAAACAAUGCCGUGGAGCAUGAUGGCUUUUCUGUUUUCAUUUGAAUGGAAAUCAAUCAUGGACCGAGAAAAAAAGCUUUCUCUCCAGGAACCUAAGAUUCUGGUUGCCUUAUUUGUUCCAAAUAAGAGGGGGGAACUUUUGUGUAGCAAAUGUUGUAGGGAAACGGGACUUGCCCCAGUUCAACGUGACAGUAUUCUAUUGGUGGCUUUGUGAGGACACGUGUAAUAGAAUGAGCUUCAGAGGGGGUACAUGGGGUUAAACACUGGAAUUUUCAAAGCAGGAUCUCACUUUGCUUCCAUUAAAUCUUGUAGCUAAUCUCUGGACAGGCCUUGGCUCCAGUUCAGCCAGACUUGAGGGCUUGAGAGUCACGUCCUCUUCCGGGUCUGGAGGAGUUAUAGAUUUGUGCUGAAGCGUUGAAUGAUGCAUGAAACAAAUUAACUGAGGCAAUUAUUGUUUGCGCAUGUGUUUUACUGUUUGUAUUCAGCAAUGUGUGUGCAGUAUGUGUCAUUUCUAAAAAGUAUAGCAUUACCCAAUGAGCCUUGAAUAUCUGUCAGCAUUUCAAAGAGAGUAAAAUUUAACAGAAAUUACAAUUCAAAACAGUUCUGUUUCUGUUAGAAAAACAAAUCGCAUUUGGUUUUUCAUUUUCUUUCAAGGCCUCUUCUUUUUUUAAUUGAGAAAGCAAAAACAAUACAGAGAAAUGCAAUGUUUGGUCCAGCCUGCUUCCUGAGAGUCACCAAAUCUACUCAAUUAUUUCUUUCAUUAACGCUACUUCUGUUAGUGUAACAGAUGUAGAUGUUAAACUUUUAUUUCUUUGCAUUGAGGUUAUGUUGGGUUUUUUUUUGUCCGUGCAUGCAGUGUCCAUAAAGGCUUUAUGUACUCCAGCUUCAGAAAACGUUUGACAAAACUCAAGUAAACAAAGAAAUAUGUCAUUAGCAUUUAGAAAAACUGCAACAUAUUCAGAAAAUGCAACCAAACACUUAAAGAAGGCGCACUCAGUAGGGUACAGUCUGCGAUGACUACCGCUUGUGGGUGUUUGAAUGAAUUACACCCUCUGCCUGGACAUAAAUGGGCAGUAAGGUUGUUUUAAAACACAUUUUAUUAGAAAUGCAUAAAAAUGCAACCAAUCAGCUCAAAGUAGUCAUAUAAGUCACGUCAUACAGUCCAAAAAGCAAAUUAUAACUAUUUCCCCUUAAUGUGUGUCCAGGCUCAGAGCAGAGCUGGGUUACCCGGGUUACCCCCACCAUCGGUUAAGAGUACUAUCUUUCGGUCAGUCAGUACCGCGACUGUAAAACCAACAUAAUGCAGUUUGCGGCGGUUGAGAGAUUUCACUUUUUUAUUUUUUAUUUUACCAAGAUGUUUCCUUGUCUAGUAAUUGUCUAAUUGUGUUUUCUGGAGCCACACCGCACAAAGCCUUCAGAACCUCUGAAGAAAUACAUUGUCAGACCUUAUUCAGUCAUUCCAGCUUUUAAUAUAUUGUAUGUAUUUGCAGAUUUACUGAUAUUUGUAUCGUGUCUCUCAACGUAGAAAUAUAUUUGACCAAGUGGUCUUUUUUGUACUCUUGUUGUUACAGGGUGAUUUCUUCUCUCCACUUUUCAUUUAUAAAUUUCUACGUAAAACAAUUUGUGGUGGGAAUUAGUUAAAAGUUGAAAGCUUUUCUGUGUCAAAUAUUUGUGUCUUGUUGGAGCAAAAACAGUUUGAAUUUGAACUUAAUGUUGAAUGUACGUUUUUCAUACUAUCUUUGUAUACAAAGUAUAUAAUACAUAACCAACCAGCUCGCAAUAAACUAUUUGUAGUAAUGUCAAAUCAUGUAUCAAUUCCGUUUUUAUCUUCUCUCUAGUUGAUUUUGUCUUGAGAGCAAUUAGAAGAGUUAGUACUAUUGUACAUUAUAUAGAUAUGCUGAACUCUGUGUUCUUUUGAAAAUAAAUCAGUCAUACAAA